GACACAAUACAGGAAACUGCUACUAUGUUGUGUUAUUGAAUGCGCCACAGUCCAGGUAUACGUCAUCACUACGCGACGACUGUUAUCAUACAGCUUCCCGCGCCCUCCGAUUCUUUAGUUUUAAGAGGCAGCGGCCAUGACUAUGGACGUGACUUUUCUGGGGACAGGCUCGGCGUACCCGUCUCCUCACCGCGGAGCCUCGGCUCUGGUGCUGCGGAACGAAGGCGACUGUUGGCUGUUUGACUGCGGGGAAGGGACGCAGACUCAGCUAAUGAAGAGCCAGCUGCGAGCCGGUCGAAUCAGCAAGGUUUUCAUCUCUCACCUGCAUGGAGAUCACCUGUUUGGUCUGCCUGGUCUCCUCUGCACCGUCAGCCUCAACUUGACCUCUGACCCCCAACGCAGCGUCAAGUGUGUGGACAUUUACGGGCCCCGGGGCCUCCGCCAUUUUCUCAGGGUUACGCUCGGCCUUACGGGCUCGCAGCUGCUCUUCCCCUACGCUGUCCACGAAUUGGAGCCCACACAGGACCAAAGUCCAGAAGAAGGUCAGCUGAGCGUGGAGCUGACCAGAGAGUGCGGCCCCCUGCUGUCUCAGGAGCAGCCCGGUGCAAACAUCUCUCUGGACGUCUCCUCUGACUGCUACUUCCUGUUUGAAGACGACAAGUUCACCGUGAAGGCCUUCAGGUUGUUUCACCGCAUUCCCUCAUUUGGAUUUUGUGUUCAGGAACGCCAUCGACCCGGGAGACUGAAAACCGAACUAUUGAAAGAACUUGGCCUGAGACCAGGUCCCUCCUACGGGCGUCUGAAAGCGGGUCACCCAGUGACCCUGGAGAGUGGCCGUUUGCUUUUACCCAGCGAGGUCCUAGAAGAAAGCAUCCCCGGGAGGAAAGUGUGCAUUCUGGGAGACUGCAGCUCGGUGCUGGGUGAAGGACCCGUGAGGGUCUGCCAGAGUGCCGACCUUUUGGUGCACGAGGCCACACUGGGGGACGAGCACAGGGACAAGGCGGUGGAGCACGGACAUAGCACGCCUCAGAUGGCAGCAGUGUUUGCGCGGGCCUGCUGUGCUAGAAGAUUGGCGUUGUACCAUUUUAGCCAGAGGUAUAAACCCAGCUCACUGGAGCGCCAUGAAGACGAUGAAGAUGUCUCUGAACUCCAACAUCAGGCUGAACAAGUCCUACAGGAUGAUGAUGAUCAUCGGGUAGAAGUCAUUCUGGCUGAGGACUUUCUCACCAUCCCGAUUCCUCUGCACAAAAACAUAUAAUUGCUCAUACGGGGACAGAGUGUUCUAUUUUUAUAGUUUCAUGCUCCAACAUGAUUGUAUUGUUGAUUGUUGACCUUUGCUGCAAAGCGUAAAAAUAAAUCAAUAAAGGUAAUAUAUAUUUGUUU